CAAUACAAUCCAACGCCCCCCCAUAACCAACUCAAUAUAUCGUUGUCAGAUAUACAUUAUACAUCGCAUAAAAGUACAUAGAUUGAUAAAUUGAUUGUUUACAAGAUGGAUCUUCUAAAGGAUGCUGCCAAGAACCUUAAUCUUUAUGAAGUUAAGGCCUAUGUUCGUAAAGCCCAAAAUGUGGCUAUGAACUUGACUGAAAUGGAGGCAAAAGUACGUGAAGCCACCAACAAUGAACCAUGGGGUGCUCCUUCCACAUUGAUGACACAAAUCGCUGCUGGAACAUAUAAUUAUCGUGAGCGUGAGGAAAUCAUUGGGUUUAUUUUCCGAAGAUUUACUGAGAAGGCAGCCAAUGAAUGGAGACAAAUUUAUAAAUCAUUACAAUUGUUGGAUUAUUUAAUCAAAAACGGGUCUGAGAGAAUCAUUGACGAUGUCAGAGCCAAUUUGUCCUUGAUUCAAAUGUUGAAAUCUUUCCAUUAUAUAGAUUCCAAAGGAAGAGAUCAGGGAAUCAAUGUUAGAAAUAGAGCCAAGACUUUGAUUGCAUUGUUGAAUGAUGACAGCUUGAUUAGAUCCGAAAGAAAGAAGGCUAGAGCUAAUUCGAAGAAGUUUGGUGGUGUUUCUUCGGCUGCAUUUGGUGGUGCCUCGUCAAUUACUACUGGCCCUACUUACGAUGAUGAUUUUACUAAUAGAGUAUAUGGAGAUGGUGGUGUAUAUGGUGAAAGAUAUGAUGAUCCUGCUGCGGCUUAUAGCAAUGGACAAACAGGGAAAGACAAUUUUGAAGAAUAUGAUGUUGGAAGUUCAACUCCAUCUUCGGGAUCUUCAAAACCAACCACAAGUUCAUCCAGAGUUACUGCCCAUGCUGCUGCUAAAGCCUCUAAAUCCAAGCCACAACCAAAGAAACCAGAAGAAGAUUUGUUAGGUGAUUUACUUUCAUUUGACGGAUCAGGUUCUAGUGCACCAGCCCAACAUGCUGCUCCUGCUGAUGAAGAUGAUGAUGAUGACUUUGAUGAUUUCCAAGCUGCUCCUUCACAACCACAACAGCAACAACAACCAACCCUCUCCAACAACUUGUCUAACUUAUACCAUCAACAGCCUCAACAACAGCCUCAACAACCAAUUUUUGCCCAACAACAACAACAACAACAACAACAUCAACAGCCACUUUUCGGUCAACCUCCACAACAGCAAAGAGUUGCGUCAUUUGGAUCUGGUGCUAAUUACAAUGUCAGCACAUCCACUGGUCCAGCUAAACCAGCAGCCAAUGUCGAUGCAUUCUCGUCGUUAUUCUCAUCCGCAAAGACCAAAACCAAGACAACAUCCCAACCAUCAUCUACCAUUCCAUCACACACUGCCACUCCAAUUGCCAAGAAUGAUGAUGAUUUCUUUGGUGGGUUCAAUUCAAACAAUAACAACAACACUAAUCAAACCAACAAUACUAGUGCUAAGAACGAUGGAGAAAUUGACUUGUUAAGCUUUUAGUUUGUGUGUAAAAGCAUUUAUUCUUACAGUAUUUUCCUAUAUAGUUCUCCUCCUCUUUAUUACUUCUUUAUAAACUACAAUAUACGUGAAAUAAAAUAGUCUC